UUACGCUGUUGGGGCUGACUGAGGGAACUGUACUUUAGUUCACAUGCAGUGAUUGCGAAACUUGUGGGUAUGAAUCUGCUCUAUAAGUUAAUCUCAGGUGGACUGGUUCACCUGUAAAUAGGUAGAUAUUAAGAUUGAGAAAACCAGUUCUUCUCAAGCGUACAAUGAUCCACGAGACCUCAAGAGCUGUAUAUGCAUACCUUACAAUGUUGUAAACGUGUGAAUAUGAAAGGUAGCAAGCAGUAAAGUGAACCUUUUUUGCUAAAGAUAUUUCUACCGCCACCUGUAAAACGCAAGGAUUUUAAAAGUUGUAAAAUUAUUUACUUAAAAUAUUUCAUAAUAUUUAAAUCAACAGUUUGCGCUGAGGUUAUAUUUCUGUUGUGUAUUAUAUCUGAGAGAUAAGUACUUACCUUGUUCACAUACAUGGAUUUUUGUGUUUAAGUUACUCUGUUGAAGUUUGAAAUUGUCAGAAAAUAUGACAAAAAUGAACGGCCGAAAUCAUAAUGUGACAUUAGCAGUGGCUUUUGUAAUAGGAUGCCUUAUAAUGUUGCUCUUUCUGCUGAACAAAACCCAUGAGACGCUUGAGGACAGCAGAAGUGCCCUGAGCACUUUGGAGGAUAAGUAUGCAAGUCUUGUCAAACAAUUUGAGUCUCUCUACGAGUAUAAAGAAAGACUUGAGCACUCAUUCAUGAGCUUUAAAGAAAAGAAAUCUGCCGUUCUCAGCGAAGCAGACACAGUCAAGUCAGAACUCGCAGUUUUGAAGUCAUCGCACAAGAACGAGAUACAACGACUGCAUGAUGAAUUGGAUGCUUGUCGCCGACGUGAGGAAAUGGCUGUAAUUCACAGAUCACAGAAAGACGACGCGUUAUUGUCCCCUUCCUCGCUCGUUGCCCAGUUGCCCUCGAUGCCAAUUUCUCCAGUGGAAGAUGUUCACAGUAACAGUGCGAAAGAAGCGUCUGGGAUAAAAGUUAUCAGCAGUCUCAAAAACAUUCAUCAAAAUCAAAGCGACAGCAACAAAGGAGUUCCGCAACCCUCCAUGGAUCCCAAUGUUGAUCUUGCAGGAAAUGUGAUGGUCUAAAUAACACUGCCAUAACUUGCCAUUUUCAAUAUAAUCUCCAUUUCAUGUAUUUCCAGACACCUAGUCAUUUGAAUAUAUAAUGAUUUAUUUAUUAGUAUAUUUAUUUUACAAAGUUCACGAGGAUAUUAUAUCGGAUCAUGAGGAUAAUUUUAUCUCGUUUAUACUUAUGACUCAAUAUUUUAUAAGAUUUAUAUGAAUUAUAAAGAUUGUUACAAUAAUAAGAUCAAGGAGCUCAGAGUACAUACAUUUUUUGUACUUAACCCAUUCUUCCACAGAGUUACAUACGUCUAUAAAUAUUUAAAUA